ACCAAACCAAACCAACAUCCCAAACAAAACGAACAAGAAAACACAACAAACAAAAACUAACCUUCAAAUCAAAAGCCAAAACAACAAGCGAUUCCUUGUUACCGAGUGGGAAUAGUGAUUAAAGAUGAUGAAGUUCCAUUCAAUCUUCUUUGCCAUUUUUCUUACGCUUUUUGGUCUCUAUGACUUAGGUUUAUGCACGCAACAACAUGAUGACAACAACAUCAGGAUCAAAAUGGGAGCAGGCGAGGAAUCUCCCAAUGAAUUUGCUGAAAUUGAAAGCCUCGCUCGUUUCGCCGUUCAACAACAUAACAACAAAGAGAAUGCGCUUCUUGAGUUUGUUAAGGUGUUGAAAGCCAAAGAACAGGUUGUGGCUGGUAAAGUAUAUACUCUUACCUUAGAAGCAGUUGAUGCCGGAAAGAGGAGGAUAUAUGAAGCCAAAAUUUGGGUGAAGCCAUGGAUGAACUUCAAGCAGUUGCAAGAAUUCAAACUUGCGCGUGUCAUAUCUCCGUUUACAAAAUCUGAUCAGCGUGUUAAGCAAGAGGGACACCAAUUAGGAUGGCAUGAAGUUCCAAAUCACGAUCCCAAUGUCAAAGAUGCUGCUAAUUAUGCUGUGAAGUCCAUUACACGGAGGUCCAACUCUCUGUCGCCGUAUGAACUCAUGGACAUUGUUCGAGCCAAAACCAAGGUCAUUGAAGAUCAUGUCAAGUUUAACUUGCUUCUGAAGGUAAGCAGGGGAGUCAAAGAAGAAAGGUUAAGGGUUGAGGUAAAUAAAAAACAAGGAGGAAGGUUUUAUAUGAGCUGGAUGGAACAAGAUCACUCCUGAAUGAAUUGGCCAGCUUUAUAUUUAUUGAUAUAAGUGGAGUGAUGCUGCGGUUACUCAUGAAAAACUUGCUGUUCUGUGAACAUUUUCUGUGCAUAAUUGUAUACAUGUAAAUGGUUACAAUAUAAUACGUAUACGGACAAAUUGAGAUGCAUAUGUAAUAAUGUAACUUGCCUUUCAUAUUUUAUGAAUAAUUAGAUAUUACGUCUACAAA